UUUAUUUCUGCUAGCAAGUAGCCUACCCAGCGGUCUCGUCUAUUCUCUCUAGCCUAGGUGCCUAGCUAAAUCAAUAUGACUAAUAGGCCAUUGUGAGUGAUUUAUUUCAAGUUAAAAACUAGUGGCAAUCAAAAAAUUGUCUAGAAUGAAAUGGUUAACGUUGUUGUCGAGUUUUCUUUUGUUCAUCGAUGUGUGUUUAUCGCUAGCUGGAGAUCCGUACAAAAUUUUAGGCAUACACAAAUCGGCUCUGGCCCCGGAAAUUCGCAAAGCUUACAAACAAUUAGCUAAAGAAUGGCAUCCUGACAAGAAUAACAAUCCGGGAGCAGAGGAUAAAUUUGUGGAAAUCACUCAGGCCUAUGAGCUGCUAUCGGACCCGGAACGACGCCGCCAGUACGACACGUUCGGACGCAGCGACGACUUCCGACAGUCGACCGCAUUCGAUCCGGUCGACGACCUGUUCGCACAGAGUGGCUUCCGGUUCCGGUAUCCGCCCGACAGAGACAUCACCCUCUUCCACAAGAUGUCCGUCAGUGCCAGGGCGUUCGAGAAUGUACUGAUGCCGAAAAGUCACCGCCAGCCCUACCUGUUGCUUUUUUACUCGGACUGGUGCUUCGCCUGUCUGCAGAUGGAGCCAAUCUGGCGAAGGGUCACCGACGAGCUAGAGCCUAUUGGUGUGGGCGUGGCUACAGUGCACACAGAACACGAGCCAAUGCUGGCCAGGCGAGUGGGAGUGCAUGGACUGCCCUGCUUAGCAAUCCUAAUCGAAGGCAAGACCUACAUCUAUAAACAGUCCGUGUUCAGCAUACAGAAAGUGGUUGAAUUUGUGAGACACAGACUGCCCUAUCGACUGGUUCAGCCGGUGAAUGACGAGACGGUGGAUGAAUUCCUGUCUGGCUGGAGUGACAACCUGGUCAGGGGUCUGCUCUUCCAGAAGAGUGAGCCAAUCCGGCUCAGAUAUCUGCUCACCGUAUUCUAUCACAGAGAUCGAGUCGCUUUCGGGUUUGUGCAGACAACGAGUGCAGACACAGUUGGCAUUCGCACCCGUUUCCAGACGCAACCAGACAAAGACAGUCUGCUGCUGUUCAACGAGAACACAGAGCAGCCGGUCGCAUCAGUCAGUAUGGCCGACAUUCCCAAGCAGACUAUUCACGACAUCAUCAACAACAACCAGUAUCUACUACUGCCUCGUCUCUCCUCACAGGCGAUGUUGGACGCCCUGUGCCCGGUUGGCUGGUGGCGUUCGAGGCGACGCCUGUGCGUCGUGCUGGUCUCACAGGAGUAUGCACCCGAGCACCAGGCGCUGAGGCAGACGUUGCGACGCAUCGCUCAGGAGUACAAGGGCAACGCGGGUCAGGCGCAAGAGCACAGGGUGCGAUUCAUGUACGUCUAUCAGGAGCGGCAGGCUGAGUUUGUCAAUGCGCUCACUCAAGGAAGUCCGCCCUCGACAGCAGAAGAGCAAGAGGCCGCCGCCGACCAGAGUCGGCCAGGAGGCGAAGGUGGUGGCCAUGACCAAGGAGAUGUAGGAGACGGAGGUGAAGCGCUGCUGCACAACGUGGCCAUUCUGUGGCGCCGCGACCAGUCGCACAUCAAGUUUGAGUGGCUGCGCGAUCAGCGCGAGAGCCGAGGCAACCAGCAGCCCAUCAACUCCUACAACGAGACCAAGCAGCGUAUCGAAGCCGCCAUUGAUCGCGUCUUGCAUACUAAUCAGCCGCUGGCACACGAGGCGGUGGUGGGUGAGCUGAUCGACGAGCACGCACAAGGCUUUGUGAUGAGGCUGCUGCAACGUAUCCUAUUCAGCUACGAGUCUCUGCGAGAGUCACUCGGCAAGGAGCACAUUCUGCCUGCCAUCUCGGUCUUCGCCACAGUUAUUGCCAUACUGUCAGCUGGCUAUCUCAUGGCCUACCUCAUGCGCCUGGAGGAGACGCGUGUUCAGGAAGAGUACCAGUCGACCAAGCGACACUCGUCGAAGCGACAGGCGACAAAACGACGCGACAGCGACAGUGUGCCGUUCGCCGCAAGCGAUAGCAACGCCACGUCAUCAACAACAUUCGGUUGCCAUGGCAACAACAAUAACAACAACAACAACCAACAACUCAAACUGCACGAGAUGCGAGCCGAGACUUUCAACGGCCUGGUCAGGUUGCUUCGGCCGGGUUGCCGUACGAUUCUGUUGCUGGUCGACACACAGUCGCGGGCCAAACUGUUACCUAAGUUCCACAAGAUUGUCUGGCCCUAUCGCAAAAACAAGACGCUGCUAUUCGCGCAUCUGAACCUGGACCGUGGCCUGGCCUGGUACAGUCAGCUGUUGAGCCUCAGUCUGUCUGAGCCGAGAGAGCUGACCAUCAAUCCGCGCAACUGUAUUGGCACUGUUCUCUCGCUCAACGGCUUGAGGAAGUACUUCUGCAUGUAUCACGCUAAACACCCCGAGUGCCGUGGCCAGAGGGCUAAUAAGCGAAUGAGCCGAAUGACUCGGCAGGUGGAGAGUGGCGGAGGGGCCUCGUUCCUUGGCUUCGACGACAGCCAAUCAGAGGACAGUGAAGACUCGGAUAUCGAACAGGGCUUGCGCACAGAUCACCUGAAUGGUGGUGACAAGUACAGCCAAGUGAUCUUCCAGGAGACUCUGUUGGAUGGCCUGCCAAACUGGCUGGAUCGGCUCUUUGAGGGGUCCACUCACCGCUACUACAUCAACUAUUGGCCCGAUUUCAUCGGAAAAUGAGCGAGUUCUUGGUUUGAAAUUGUGUCAUUUUGUACAGUCAUCAUCGAUGGUCCGCUUCAGAACCCGUGUUUCAAGACCAUAGAGCAAAGUUGGUAGGUGUGUAACAUGUUUCAAAGCCAUAGAACUAAGUUGGUAUGUGCGUUUCAUAUUUGAAGACCUUUGAACAAAGUUGGUAGGUGUGCAACAUGUUUCAAGACCAAAGAGCAAUGUUGGUAGGUGUGUUUCAUGUUUCAAAGCCAUAGAACUAAGUUGGUAGGUGUGUAUUAUGUUACAAGAUCUUUGAAGAAAGUUGAUUGGUGUGUUACAUGUUUCAAAGCCAUAGAACUAAGUUGGUAGGUGUGUUUUAUGUUUCAAGAUCUUUGAAGAAAGUUGAUUGGUGUGUUUCAUGUUUCAAAGCCAUAGAACUAAGUUGGUAGGUGUGUUUCGUGUUUCAAGAUCAUACGGCAAAGUUGUUAUGUAUGCAGAAUGUUAUGAAAAAAACAGCCAAAUUGGUUGAUAUAUGUUUAAUGUUUCAAGACCAUAGAGCAGAGUUGGUGUGGGUGUGUUUCAUGUUUCACAACUGUUAACUAGAGUUGUAUGGCGAAAUACUUGUUACAAAGUUGGAAGGUGUGUUUUAUAUUUCAAGAUCUCAAGACUACUGAGCAAAGGUGGUUGCUGGAAUACAUGUUUCAAAACUCUGGAGCAAAGUUGAUUGGUGUGUUUCAUGUUUCAAAGCCAUAGAACUAAGUUGGUUGCUGUGUUUCAAGUUUCAAGACCAUAGGGCAGAGUUGGUGGCUUUGUUUCAAGUUUCAAGACCGUAGAUAAGUGUUGGUAUGGAGGUGGAAUCCACUGGCAGCCUGAGAUGAAUGUGGGAAGUAAUGGUGAUAUUUGGACAGAAUACUGACAGUGAAGAUUGAGUCACACUAAAGGUGAUUUUUGUUCAAAAAAUUAUGAAAAAUUUGAGCUUGGAUUGAAGAAAAAAAACGAAAUGAUUUCAAGCAUUGUGCGCCGAUUUUGUCCAUGGAACAAAGUGUGUGGUUGAGCAUGUUUCACUACCAUAGAUUGUUGUGGGAGCUGAACGAUUUUUUUCCUGUAAAUAUUCUCCGAAUAAAGAAUAAUAUAUUCAUUUCCCUGAAAAGUCGUUUCUGAGUGUAAUUUGUAUGAUUUCAGUUUUAAUUUAAAUUGUAAUUUUUAAUCGAUUGUGUUCAAUUUCUCUUGAAGUAUUUAUAGCAAGAAGGAUAGAAAAUAAUUUUCAUUGAUAAAAUUGUAAUUA